AUGGCUGCUGUGUUCAUGGCAACAAGCAUGGUGGGCAAAGCUAGGUCGUCCAAUUUCACCCUCUCCGAGAAGCUGGACCUACUGAAGCUGGUGAAGCCCCACAUUCGGAUUCUGGAGGAGCACACCAACAAGCAUGCCGUGAUUGUGGACAAAAACAAGUGCUGGGACAACAUUGCGGACCAGUACAACGCGCUGGGCGGGGACCGGCCGCCCCGGACCGCCCAGGGCCUCCGCACCCUGUACAAGCGUCUGAAGGAGAGCGCCAAGCAGGAGAUAAUCCAGCGCAAGCAUGCCCAGCCCGAGUACCGGGGCAGCAUCUCCGAGCCCACCAAGAGGGUCAUGGAGAUGAUCCCGCACCUCUUCCACCCGCUCCACGAAAAGGAACACAAUGCCAUGCACAGGAUCUUCUACAAGCGCGAGUCGCCGAUCGAGCAGCCCGGCAGCAGCUCCUCCCUCCCGGCCAUCUUGGACUACCAGCCGGCCGCCGUCAUGGUGCGCCUGGACCCCGACAUGGACGUCAAGCCCCCGCCCGACCUCGCCAUCCUGUCCACGCGCAUCUUGGACGGGCACGGCGACGUGGACGCGGUGGUGGCGGAGGACGAGGAGGAGGAGGAGGAGGGCAUCGGCUCGGUCCAGGGUUUCGACGGCUCCAUCUCCCCCUGCCCGUCGUCGGUGAACCUGGCCAUGUCGCACUCGCCCAUCCCGCUCCGGCGGGACCUGUACGCCCGGCCCGAGGGCCUCCGGCACCUGGCGGGCCUGGAGCAGGAGACCCUGCAGCUCUCCAAGGAGGAGCACGAGCUGCUGAUGGACAACCAGAGGAAGAUGGGGCUGUACAUCGAGGAGAAGCGCGAGGGCCUGAAGAGGAAGCAGCAGCUGGAGGAGGAGCUGCUCCGGGCCAAGAUCAAGGUGGAGAAGCUCAGGGCGGCGCGUCUGAGACACGGGCUCCCCAUUCCGCAUAUGUGACCCCAGAACCCCGCCGCCCCUUCGCUCCAACCACGCCCGAGGCCAGCCUUUACCGGGAGGUUCCCGUCUCCUCACCCUUUCUCCCUCCACUGGAGCCACGCGAACCAGGCCGGGCUCGGAGCCAAAGCCAGGGCCCCGCCGUACGGCGCGGCUGCGUUUCCCGCUAGCAGAGCCGUAGCGCGACGUAGCAUUAGCCCCGCCGUCUGCCUGGACCGGGCCGACCGCAGCCUUCAGGCUGCGCGAUAAACAGACUCCACACUCCUCUGUGCGACGUGCGUCUUCCUCUGAGUGUUUGCUGUGAUCUGUUAAUGUUUCGUUCAUGUUUCAUCUCUGUGGGCGUGUUUUAUUUUAUUGUGUGGCUCAGAUACAGACAGGCGCACUGUAGGUGUACUGCUCUUCCAGUCUGCUAACAGCUCGUCAGAAAUGCUAACCUGCUGCCGGAUCCCACUGACAGGGCUCUCAUUGGACUUCGUAGUACUGAGGGACAAAUCUCAGUAUUUGGCACGGUGGUCACCAACCCUGGUCCUGCAGAACUGCUGGAUCUGUUGGUUUUUGUGCAGGCCUUAAAAAAAAAAAAAAAAAAAAAAAAAAAAAAAAGAUUUAGACCGAAAUUCCAAAUGAGGGAAGUUACCUUUGUAAUCAGUUAAUCAUUCAUAAUCAUUUCACCAAUUAAAUUUUGUGUUCUAAUUAAAACCAACUGAGGCUGUGGACCAAGGUUGGCAACCUCUUUAAUAAUGGAAUAAAGAUAAUGGAAAAUUAUGUGGAACCACCAACUCAACGUGCAGGCGCCCUUUUCCAGCCAUGGAAUUGGUGGGGAAGAGAGUGAAAGAGAGAGGUGUUUGAGAUCAGUCAUUUUGUCUUGAUGAAAUCAUAACCCAGCAGAGUGACGUGAGGCUCAAAAUAACUACAGUGCUGCCACUCAUGUGCAAAGAACUCCUGAUUGUUUUGCUUUGGAGCCGUGCGUUUCUCAGCAGUGGGACUGCAGCAUUGGAAAAAGGAGGCUCGCAAGCUGCUAGCGCUAAAACUGCUCAUUUCAGAACCCUUUCGGAGUAACGUGUAAAGUUUCGUAUGUGAACAAAAUGUAUUCGUUAAACAGUCCAAAUGUUUGCAUCUUUUAUUAAGCAGCAGCACUCGUGUGUUUUCAUUAUUCCUUUCGUGUCUUUUCAACACAAAUUUCGAUGUGGCAAUCGUGUCUAUAGGAUAAACUGAGCAACGUGUGUCUGAUGCCUGUAGUUCGAAUUGCCAUCUGGGGGAAUUUCCUACCUGGAAAUAAAAUCAUUUUUUAAGGAUUUA